ACCCAGAGGGGCCCAACACUCCUCCUCUGUCUCUGUGAACAUCCUGCACAGGCUUGGCACCUCGGCGUCACCAUGUCCGCAGACCUCAGCGGCCGAUGGGAGUUGAUGAGCAAUGAGAACUUUGAGGACCUCAUGAAAGCUCUGAAUAUUGACUUUGUCACUCGUAAAAUUGCGCUUCACCUGGUUCAGACGAAGGUGAUUAUGCAGAAUGGGGACCAGUUUGUGAUCAAGACACAGAGCACCUUCCGGAACUAUGAGGUGGCCUUUACUGUGGGGGUUGAGUUUGAGGAGUACACCAAGGGCUUGGACAACAGGGUGGUCAAGACUCUGAUUACCUGGGAAGGGGACAAACUUGUGUGCAUCCAGAAAGGAGAAAAGGCCAAUCGAGGAUGGAAGCACUGGGUCAAAGGAGAUAUGUUAUACAUGGAAAUAACCUGCGAGGACGUAGUCUGUCAUCAGGUGUUCAAGCGGAAAGAAUAAAAGGUCAUGUGUUCUAUUAAAUAUAGAUUUAUUUUAUAUCAAUAAAUCAGUUUUAUCCAAAGGAACUUAAACAGGCUCCAGAUUUCAACAGUUUACUCAAGCAAAGUGAAGCACUUUAGGUUACAUACCUUGUCUUUGGUAACAGUGACAGGGCCAUACUUGGCACUUGCACCUGAAACCUUUUGAACUUCUGUUCAGAAGUUUAAGGAGACUCAUUACUUGACUUAUUUUUCUUGGAUCCUCUAUUUUGUAUCCAAAAUCCAAACACUGACAUACGUUACAUUCUGUUCCUAAUAGCUUAUAAAUGUCAUUUAAGGUCAAUAUAAUACAUUUUAAUACAAUGUAUUUCUCAAUCUUGAGUUAUAUACCACAUUAUUAGGCAACUUUUGAUAAAUAACGCAUGAACAGAUCUGGUGACUCAUAAAUAUCCUUGUAUAGGCCUACAUUACAUACAGCUUACAUUGUACAGAAUUGCUGUUUAUCAGAAUAAUGGUUAGGUUUUCUUAUAAAGGGCAGUGCAUGUUAAUGUGUGCUUUUGUUGGAUUGUGCUGGAUGGUUUAGUUCGGAUUAUAUGUGUAACAGGGUUAUCACAAUCAUUCACAAAUACUGUAAACUGCCCUUUGCCCUUUGAUCAGUCUUGAUCAGGACUAACGAGUGUGUUUAAAAAAAAUGCCACAGACCCCUCUAAAAAAAUCAAAAGAAAUGAAUAAAUCUGAUUGCUCACAUGA